CAGAUGACUUCUCAUCUGAGGAUUCUACCUCCUCCUCUUCCACCGGGUACUAUUCUUCCGAUUUCGAACCCCGACCGGUCCCAAAUCCUUCUAUCCCUGAGCCGGAGCCGGUCAAUCAGAUGCCCGGUCAAAUGUCCACGGAGGGGGAUGAACCGCUUGACGGCCAACCAGCUCCCUAUGACCCGGACACUGAGCCCUGGCUGCAGUGGGAGGAAAGGUUGGAGGCAGCCGAUUACUCUCCUCUUCCCACUUUUUACGUUUCAGACAUCUACUCCCAUGUCUCCAAAAUAGCUCUGAACAAAGCCCGUAGGAAUCUCCCGGAGGGGUAUGUUCUCGAGUAUGAUGAGAAUUGGCCCAAUAUUAUCGAACCUCACCGGGAGGAUAGGAUAUGUUUUCAUAUCACUUCUUUAGAGGGUGGUAUCCUUUUUCCUCUUCGCCCCCUCUUGGUUGAGCUGUGUCACUACUUUAGGAUCCUUCCCGGGCAGAUCACACCCAACGCUCACCGGCUGCUUAAUUCUUUUGUAAACAUCUGCACCCACCUUCGCAUCGACCCCACUCUUCGUCUCUUCCUCUUUAUGUUUGAGGUUCGUCCCGGUAAAUCGGGUUGCGAAGGUUUCGUCUAUUUCAAGGGGCGAAACAAUCGCAAAUUUAUCUCUGACCUUCCACAAAGCAACCAUUUGUGGAAGGAAAAAUUUUUAUUUAUAAAAUUUCCCUCUUCCGUCACUCUCCUGUCCGGUUUGAAGUGGAGUGACAAUGUCCUCAAACACGAGUUUACCGAACCGGCCACCGCCCCAGACUUGGAAGAGAGUCUGGAAAAGCUUCUCAGGGGGGAUCCCUUCACCGGGAAGAUGUACCACUAUGGAAGCUGGGCUGGCGCAUCCAACCGGGUGGCGAGGGUACCUCCCAGGCCCAUGAAGCGGGGCACGGGGUACCCUCCCCGGGAAACACUGCGGAGGUUGGAGGCCCGAGUCACCCAGACCUCUUUUGCGAAGACCAUCCCGGUCCGUCAGGAGACCGUUGAGGUUCACUCCGAGGAUGAAUAUCCUCUAACCGGAGAGGCCGGUCAGACCGGGACGACCACGGCGAAUCCUCCUCCUAAAGGGAAGGGGAAGACCCGAUCGAAGAAGGUCGCCUCCACUCAUCCAUCAGCAAAGAGAAAAAGGGGAGAAAACGCCCCGGGUACCGAAUCGCUGGAGGAGCUUUGGGUCAAGAUGACUCUCAAGCUGAAAGAGAUGGGUGAAGUUGGACCUGACGCCCUUGAGCAGCUCUCCGAUGGCUCUCCUUCCCGGUCAUCUAAACUCGAGGAGAAGCUAAAGAGGGCUGAGGCCCACAACCGGGAGCUACAAGGAUUGACGUCCCGUCAGCUUGAUGAGGUGGCCAAUCUCUCUAGGAUGGCCGGGGAGGCAGAGGUUGAGAUCCUCCGAUUGAAGGAGGAGAACCUGAAGCUGAUGGAAGACAUGGAGUUGAAGGAGCGAGAGUUCCCCGUCAAAGCCAAGCAAUGGAUGGAGAACAAUCUGGUGGAAGCUGCCCGGGUUCUCACUUCUUCUGAAGAAAGGACGAUGGAAGGCUUCAAGCUUCUUUACCGGGAGGAGCAAGGAAAGGAUAUGAUUACCGGGAGGCCACGCAUGCGAUCCUGGCUGAACGCGAUCAAAACUUCAAUGCUGAAUUAUAUGGCCUGGCCCCUAUUCCAGAUGAAGAGCCUGCACCUCCCUUCCCUCUCGAGUAAACUUCUCGGCUGCGCCCGGUUGUUAUAUUUUGUAAAACUUUAACAACUCGCUAUUUCCCCGGGGAUGCCCGGUGUAUCUGUAAACACCUUACAUUCUCAUUCUGUUUGAAUGCCAUGUUUUAUUUUCUUACCAGUUAAUCUUCCAUAUCUACUUGCUCCUUGAUUGAUAUUUUGCCAUCAUAGGAUAUCUAACCGGUACAGAAAUCAAUCCCUUCUCAUUCAUCUGAUUGCUUUUGACCGCUAGAACUUCAACGUUCUCUUCGGUAACUUUAUCUCCCAGAUCAACUUGAAUAAUGUUGACUGGUCGAA